UUUUAUAUUAUAUAUUCUUUUCUUAUAUCUUUUAAAUAUAUAUAUAUAUAUAUAGAUAACAAUAAAAAAAUGGAAGGUAGAGAAAAAGGGCUAAGUUGUAUGAUAAAAGGUCCUGGUCCAGUUUACAAAUUACCAUCGUUAGUUGGCUAUGACGGUCAUGAUCCAUCCCGGCACAGAAAUCCAGCAUACAGUAUGCGAACUAGAACUGAUGCGAAAAGUUAUGUGAUAGGACCUGGUCCGCAAUACAAUAUCAGGAGUUUAACAAAGUUUGGACCAGAUAAAUCACCCGCCUACACAAUUAGAGGCAGAGAAGCAUGGAAAUUGCAAGACUUUGCACCAGGACCUGGAGCGUACUCUCCUGAACUGUGUCCACCGAUGAAUCACAAGCGUCGAGCACCAGCUUAUAGUAUCACGUCACGGGGUAGGACAAAGUUAUUGGAUGAAGGACCUGGACCAAAUUCGUACCUUUUGCCAACGUGCAUAGGGCCAAAAGUACCCGACAAACCUGCGAAGGGUGCAUUCUCUAUGACUGGUUAUCAUGUAAUUCGUGAAGAAAUUAUGGGUCCAGGUCCAGCUGCGUACGCUAAGAUAGAUUACAAUAUGAUCAAACGACGGAGUCCGGCGUAUAGUCUGAAGGAGCGACACAUUUUGGCAGAACAAUAUCGCAGCCCAGCACCGACCUUUUAUCCGUUAUACGAUACGCGAAAGCGUUCACCUAUGUAUUCGUUCGGUAUAAAACACAGCGAAUGCACUGGGAUACCCAUGACACAGCUGGACGAGGCUUUAUAAUCACAAAUUGUAUACAACUAUUACUAUGUCAUAUUCUUUAUGUUUGUGCAAUAAAUCUCUUCUGUGGGAAAGUUUGAAAUUUUUUCCAGAAUUAUAUAUAUGUAUAAAAUGAGCAAUUUUUAUAUGAAAAAUGUUAAAGAAUGAACUCGUUAUUAAAUAUUUGCUACUUCUGAUUUAUAGUAGAUAUAUGACUACACAGUGAGAGACACAAGUCAUAACAGGCAAUUGUUUCUUGGCAACAUGGAGUUAAAAUCAGUUAAAAUCAUCAUGACGUGACACAUGAUGUUACAUUACGUGUAAAUGUGUAACAUUUUUUAAAUAAAUUGACUUCUAAAUUUACAAGUGAGAAAAAUGCCACCGAAAAGAGAACGCAAGAAAGGCAGAGGUGGGAAGAAAGCGCCGACAGAAAUGAAGGGUGCCGCCACAUGCCGCUUUAUCAGUACGCACAUUCGUAAAAUUUAGCUUAAAUAUUAAUUACGCAUGGACGCGUGAAGACAAUCGUAAGUUUUAUACGGUAUUCCGAUAAAGCAAUAAGUGAGUUCUUAUAUAAAAACUGUAAAUGUAUUAUUGCAUUAAAUAAUUAAUAAAAUUCACUAUAUCGCGCGUUGUUCUUUCCUCGCGUUUAAUCUCGAAAGCUAUUCGAUAAGGAAUUUUUGAAUAACUUGUGUUCAAUCAUUUAUGAAAUUUAUGAAUUAUUUUCUACUUGGCAGCUCCUGGGCCUCAAUAUGAACUCAAGACGCUUGUCGGCUACAGGAACCACUGUGUCUCGCGAUAUCGAAAU